ACGGGAAUAUAAAAAACGGCCGGAAUACAGAGUGAAUGACUGAAGGUAAAAAAAAUAAAAAAGACACUGCUACUGUACAUUUUUCGUCGCAAAUUGUUUUUAAAAACAACAUACAAAGGACAAACAAUGCUACAAGGUCCAGGCGUAUUAUAUCAAAAGUUGUGGUUAAUUUUCUUUUUUCCUCUCUCAAAACACAACUACUGUUAUCAUAAUUGUUUUCUUUUCGUGGGUUUUCGUGGGUGAAAAAACUGUAUAUGGAAUGCAGCUAAAAGUGCGAAGCAAUUUCCUGACUUAAUUUUACGAGUAGCACGUGAAAGCAACACAGCAACGGAUGUAGCAGCAGCAGUCUACGGUACAUAGGCAACCAUGUAGCACUGAGAGCAAAAAUAUCUUCACCCGACUUGCUGAAGUAUCAUGUCCUCGUAUUAAUUCAUGUCGCCAUAAAGUAGCAGUGCACCGAAAUGUGUCUGUCAGGAUAACUGGACGCCCGAACAGAAAUUACAAGGCGAGGGAUUCGAGUGUGAAACCGAAGCCUGUAACGUAGAGGCACUGUCUGCCCCCUCCUGGGCGUUUGGAAGGGGACGUUGGGCUACUUUUCUGAUUUAUUAGCCUACCUUGGCGUUUAAUCAGCUUUUCAAAUGAGUACACUUGUCCGGAUAAGCGUAUUUUAGAUUCGGGGGAAGGGCGUGUAACGGAUACCGGGGGUUGUAACGUUAGUUCGCACCAGGUCUGACUAUCCGCGUUACCGCCCCGUUUUUUCUCUCUUGUAUUAACGCUAACAAGCACGGCCAGGACACUGAAGAUACAGUGUUUGGACUAUAACAAAAACCUGCUUACACCAUGGGGAAUACAACCUCCUGCUGCGUGUCCUCGAGCCCUAAACACCGGAGGAACAACCACUCCAGACUCGAGUCCUACCGGCCGGAGCCGGAGCUGAGCCGGGAGGACACGGGCUGCAACCUCCAGCACAUCAGCGACAGAGAAAAUUUAGACGACCUGCCCAUGGAGUACAAUCCCUCAGAUCACCCCCGGGCCAGCACCAUCUUCCUCAGCAAGUCACAGACUGACGUUGCUGUGCCCAACAAGAGAGUUCGAGAAAAGCGGAAGAGCCUUUACAUCAACCAUUUCACACACAUUUCGGAGAACAAGCAUCAUCCAGGCCCAGUGAGACGGAAGUACAGCUCAUGUUCCACCAUAUUCCUUGAUGACAGCACUGUCAGCCAGCCCAACCUCAAAUACACCAUCAAAUGUGUAGCCCUCGCAAUAUACUACCACAUAAAGAACAGAGAUGUCGACGGAAGAAUGUUGUUAGACAUUUUCGAUGAGAAGCUGCAUCCGCUCACGAAGUCAGAGCUUCCUCCUGAUUACGACAAACACCACCCCGAGCAGAAACAGAUCUACCGCUUUGUCAGGACGCUGUUCAGCGCCGCACAGCUCACCGCCGAGUGUGCCAUUGUCACACUGGUGUAUUUGGAGAGGCUCCUGACCUAUGCUGAGAUCGACAUUUGCCCUGCCAACUGGAAGCGCAUCGUGUUAGGAGCCAUCCUCCUGGCAUCCAAGGUCUGGGACGACCAGGCGGUCUGGAAUGUCGACUACUGCCAAAUUCUCAAGGAUAUCACUGUGGAGGACAUGAACGAGCUGGAGCGUCAGUUUCUGGAGCUGCUGCAGUUCAACAUCAACGUGCCGUCAAGCGUCUACGCCAAGUAUUACUUUGACCUGCGCUCCCUGGCUGAGGCCAACAACCUCAGCUUCCCCCUGGAACCCCUCAGCAGGGACAAGGCCCAGAAACUAGAGGCCAUCUCACGGUUGUGUGAUGACAAAUACAAGGACUUGAGGAAACAAGCCAAGAAGCGGUCAGUGAGCGCAGACAACCUGACGGUGCUGCGGUGGUGUCCAGCCAUCAUUUCCUAACACUUGCCGCCUGCAGCACGAAGAUAGACCUGUCAGACAAUCUGUACUGUAUUUCUGCCUGGUAAGCAGGCAAACCAGGUGGGCGGCAGUCCUGUGGAUCAGUGGUUCUGUCUGGAAUACACCCACACACACACACACACACACACACACACAAUCUGGCACUUCUGCAAGUGUGAUUGCACCCUCUCUGGUUGUUGUACAUAAAAGAAGUCCCACUGGCUGCCUGCACUGAACCAAACAGAGCUGAGCUGAACCAAACUGAAGUUUUAGAGUUUAAGUUGUUGGAAUGAAGACCUUGACUGCAGAAGAAACGAAGAGGCCAAACUGAAAUACAGCUGGCAAUAUGAGCGACUGUGUGAAGUUGGGAAAAGAAAAUAGGAACAAGCUUAAUGCGAAAUACAACAGAUGACAGCGGCAACAGCGCUCCAUAAUUCCCUCUGAGGCUCGACUGGCUUGUACGGUUGAUUGAGGGAGGCCGUGUACAUUCCUUUUAAUUUUAAUCUUCUGGUUCAGUGAGUUUCUUAGCUGAAGCAUGAGAUGAUUUUUUUUUUUUUUUUUGGACAGCUUACAGGCACAUUUAAAAAAAUGUAAAAUUCCUCAAUUUGUUUCAGUGUUUUGUUGGUGUUUGUGUUCUUUUGCAUUCCCAUCCAGCAGAAACCUCUGCCAGCAGAUGUAAGCAUACGCAAAGGAAAGACAUGUACAUUCCACUGUUAACCCGAGUGCACAGUUGAUACGUUUGACUGGACUACAUAUCAUUCGCCCUCGACAAAUCAUUCUCAUUCAGAGAGCUAACACUGAAAAAGCAAGUCAGUGUUAAGCUCAAGGGACGGAACAGUUUCUCUUACAGCAAGGCCAUCCAGCCACCAUUCAAAUACAGCUAUUCACUUAAAGCAAUAUUCAUGCAUUGCUUUGUUGUUGUGAUUAAAUACGAUGAAGCAUGCAUCCUUGGGAGAAGACUGAUUGGAAGACAGUGGGCCGCUAGUCCUGAUCAGAUGUGAGAUAUACUGUAGAGCUUAUGUUGUACUUAAUUCACUGCCAUUGUCCUGACCUGCGGUGCCUGUGAUAAGCUAGUUUAACACUUCUCCCAUUUCUACUGGAGGAACAGAACAAAUAACUCUGGCGUAUCUUUUUCUUUAACAUUUUGUAUGGUUCUUCCAGCUUACAAAGAAACAGCACAAAUGGAAUAUAGACAUUUAGGAGCCACUAAAAGCAUGAAUCUUCAGGGUUUUUUUUUUUUUUUUUUUUUUGUUGUUGUAGUUGUUGUACUGGAGAGGACCAAAAUGAAUGAAAAAGCAUUAAGUGACGAUUCAAACACUGCUUACAAAAAGAUAGAUUGUAUACAUUUUGCUAAAGUGUCUCUGUACAGUGUAAAUACAACACCAGUGUGCAAAAUCUGUAGACUGAGGUCGUACUGUAAAAACCAGAAUGAUGUUAGAAUAUUUAUACUGGAUCAGUUUUUACUGUACAUGAGGACGGUAAAUAUGUUUGAUUCCUUGUUCCUAUGACAAAUCAAGUAAAGACAAAGGUGAAGUAUUAAGAUUUAAACGGGAGACACCACUUAAGAUAUUUUUUUUUUGUCUGUUUUCUUGUUGCUAUGUUUUCACACUGCAGAAAAUGCCAUGUUUUUAUGUGUUACAUACUCUAUAAUAUAUAGAUAAUACAAGACAGUUCGGGCUUAUUUUAUGAUUUGUUGUUUUUUCAACCCCACCCCCGGAAGCAUUGCCAUAAUCAUAUGUUUUUAAGUGGUGAUGCUUGUUUCUUAUGGAGCCCCAUAACUGACAAAAUGUAGUAAACUUUUCGGACAAGCUUUUACAACAUUUUGUCAGCUUUUGGGGGGGCUCUGUAGUUUCUUGCAUUUACUUGAUAUAAGUGAAACAGUUUUUUUCAUGAACAAAUCACUUCCUGAUUUGCUCUUUUCUUGACAUUUCUUAAACCAGAAAUAGGGGAACAUGCAGGGAUGAAGUAGAGGGUGAACCUAUACAAUCACUGAGUUUAAUUGGCGUAAUUCGUUCUAGUUUUCACACUUGAAUGGGUUGAUAAAAGUGUGAAGUAAUGCUUCUAUUAUAUAAACUUUAUAAUAGUGAUUGUUUGCCUUUAUCAACUGGACUCACAUUUUCCUCCCCUACAUCACAGAAUAGACAGUAAACUAUAUGCUUAAAAAUAUGAAUGAAUCUGAAAAAGACACAAAAAUAGCUUCUUUUUUUUUUUGAAAAAGGUCAGAUUAAGGUUGAACGUCCCCUCCUUCAAGCUUCUAGGUUAUUUUGUGCAUUUCAUUGGCAACCUCCACGUCUGUGAUUUAAGUUCAGUUGUUUGAAAAGCUACCAGAGUCAGUCAGGUCAGAGAGAUUUCCAACCCUGAGCAGCCGGUGUGAGAAGGGACAGAACCGGACCAAAGUCGUGGACAAAUGAAGGACGACCCUGUUCGACGUGUUGCUCUGACCCAUCCCACUUGCACAUGGAGUAUAUGAAAAGGUGUUGGGACUUGGAAAGAGAACUGUUGUUUUGCGUGGUGCUUUGAAUGACUGAAAUGUGUCUUUAGGAAAGUAACGUUACUGGAGUUGCUGUUGUGAGUUCAAACUGUUAGAGGUAUUCAAAGAUUGUAUAUCCUAUUUAUUGUAUGUGUGUGUGCAUACAGCCCAGUCUGGUGUUUUCUAGAGCCAGAAGUAAGUGUUGAUGCCAUGUGGUCAACUAUGGUGAGUGCUGAGGUGGAAGAUUGACUCCGACAGCAAAGACCUUGGGCCUGUGGCGUCCUGGCGGCUGGUUACUAGGUGUGUGUCAUAGCCUUGUGCACUGAACUCUACCUCUGCAUAGAGUUUUACUUUUCCCUUGAUUUUUCUUCCUCUCUUCGACGACCAUUUUUGGAUUUCCCAUAUUCAGCUUUGAUCAUGACGAUUUCCCGUGCUAACAUCAGUCAACUGCUGUAGCUGUCACCUUUAUUUUUAAUUUUUUGUUUUUCAUUGAUUGAUGUGUUCAACAAGUUGUACUGUAUUCUCUUGUUAUUGUUGUUAUUGUCAGUGUGUUUUCUUUUCAGUGAGCCGGUCAUUCUGUUCCUGUUCUCAGUUUGCCAAACUCAGAUCUCUCUCUCUCUCUCUCUCUCUCUCUCUCUCUCUCUCUGUUCUCUUUUUCUCUGUAUGUUUUCAACUAUGAUUUAUAGAACUGCUCCAAAUGCUUCUCUUCUGAAGCAAUGUUUAGAAAAACCUGUGCAAGAAUUAAACUUUAAAACCUUGCAAUAAA